UGAGGGCCAACAUGGCCGUCAACUGCUGUCUUAUUCGUCCUUGAGUCCUUCUGGCAGUGAGACUACAUUCUUCACCCCGGGUAUUCCUACAGCUCAGGAACUACUGCUGUGAAGAAUUAGCUUGUCAACAAGGAAAGAUGGCCUCUAGGAACCGGUACUUUCUCGUGGCCAGCGCCUUACUUUUGGUGUCAGUGGCCGCCAUCUUGCUCGUGUUCAAAGACUGUCACAAGAGCGACCACCGCGAUCGUGACGUCAGUGUCCCAGAGGGAGAGCAGCAACAGUCAUCAAGUGAUAGAGAUGGACAAAGCUGCACUGGACGCCAUACAGCAGAGGAUAAGAGAGAGAAACCAUGUGUCCAGAUUGCUUAACGACAUGAAGAAAGAAAUCGGUCAGCUCGAGAGCAGUAUGGCUAAACUGAAGAAAGAGCACUUGAUGUCCAGCAGUGGUGGCAAUUGCGAGGAGGACAGUGACCCCAAUGUCACGAAGCAUCACAUGUUCGAUGAGAAAUUAGCGGACGUGUUGAGCUGGUUCUUCACUGGACAGACGGUGGUAGGAUUCGCGGACGGCCCCGGGCAGUACAGAGAUCACCUGCUGAAGCAAGGUCGCGUGAUCUCUUACGACGCCUACGACGUGGCGCCCUUCGUGGAAAAGGUCACCGGAGGAGCCGUGAAGUUCAUGGACCUGACCUUGCCUCAGUACGGACUUCCAGCCUACGACUGGGUGAUGUGUCUGGAGGUAGCGGAGCACAUCCCUGCCCGCUACGAGCGCAUCCUGGUGGACAACAUGGCGCGCCAUGCCCGUAAAGGUGUGGUGUUGAGCUGGGCGAACAUCAGCCAGGGAGGCAUCAAUCAUGUCAACAACAAAAGUUCCGAGGACGUGAAGACGCUUCUGGAUGAGGCUGGCUUCUACCCUGACAACAGCGCCACGCAGUACAUGAGGAACCAAUCAGUCAAUAAUCACUUAAGGGUGAACAACAUCGUCUUCAGAAGAAAGCCAGAGGCCAUAUUUCACGAAGAAGAUGCGUAGCCUAAACGUGUUUAAUGCCUGUCCAUUUUGUCUGUCUCAUGUCUGUCAUGUCUUUUUUGUCUGACGUGAACUCUGCCAUCCACCGCGGUUAGUGUAGAUCAUUGCAGCUCAACUUGUAGGCCAGAGAAAAGUAGACCGCAAUCUCUCCAUCAGUAGAAAAGCAUUCGUCAUUGUUUUAAAAGAUCAACCAGAACAGUGGUUUGCUAACAUCGUUGGUGUAAACAUGUUUAGUCAUGCAUAUUACUGAUGGGAAUUUGAUAGAUCAGCCUAUUUUAUUGUUGUAUCGCGGUAACACCCAAAACACUUAAUAUCUUAUGAACAAAGCAAAAAAAAAAAAAAAAAAAAACCACCUGGCGUAUGAUUUUACAUUUUCUUUUCUGAAAAC